GCAACAUUUGGUGAUAUACGCUACUUUUAUAUCGUCCAGUGGUGGUUGUUGUGGUCUAUUUUACGGUGUGAGGAUACUUAUUUCCUAUCAAAAGACUUAAGAAUGUGGCAGGAAGCACGCAAGCAGGAGAAACAUAUCAAGACGCUGAUGGUUGAUUAUAAGAGGAGAGCAGAGCGGAGGAGAGAUUAUUAUGAGCGCAUUAAACAAGACCCAAUUAAAUUCCUUCGCUUGUUUGGUAGAUCUUCAAAGCUUCAUCUGGAUUCUGAAGUGACGAAGGCUGCUGAAAACCCCAAUAACAUGAUGCCUUGGAUUGGAGACCCAUCUAUUAUGAUCGAUCGCUUUGAUGUACGGGCUAGCUUGGAACACUAUGACACUCGAGUAGCUGAUGAUGUCAAACUUUCGUCGACAGAAAGAAUCGAAGCCAGGCUAUGUAACUACGAACGUUAUCGGUGCCUUAUUCACAAUGAAUAUGCAUCAGUCACCGAAGCAAUGGCUUUGAAACAAAUCGAAAUGGAUGAAAAGUAUGGUGAUAUGGAAAAAAGACGUAAAGAAGAGGAAGAGGCUACUGUCAAAAAUUCAUUAGUUUUUUCAAAGAUUGAAUUAUUUCAAUAAGAUGAUGGAAAGAAUACAAUUCACUUACCAAGUACAUGUUAAUUUAUUUGGCUUUGAGUCAUAUUGUUUAUGUGACGGUAAGUGAUACUACCAGAUUAGCUAAUCCAAAAUAUGUGGAAUUGGAUUUGUAUCUAUAACCUAUUGGUUAAAAGUCGAGUGUUUAAACCACUAAACCAUCUCUGAGAUGAAUCAAUAAAAAAGUCAAAGCAGGUUCAUAGAAGUAUAAUUCAAGACGGUGAUACCAAAAAAAGAUUAUGCAUAUUGUUUUCAAAAAAAGACAAAAUUAAAAACGCCCAAAAUUUGUUCAAAAGUUCUGUAAUGUGGGAUUUCGCUGGUGAUUUCUCUGUGGUGAUGAUAUGAAGCUAUCGACUUAGAUCAAUGCAAAUUUACCGCAUCGUCCUGCAUUGUUUACGCUUGUUUGUCUAAUUCCCUUUUUAUACUGAGUUUUUAAAGUCAACUACCAAUGCCUAUGCAGAAUUUCUUUUUCGGGGGGGGGGUAGCAGUUACCGUAUUUUUUAAUAAGUUUUAUUCGUUACUAUAUAUUGUUAAUUAUUUAAAAUUGUUAAUAUAAACAUAUCCAAAGAGGUUCGUUCCAUACUUCAUGUGUGUCUCUGAAAAAAUAUACAUAAAGCAAAUAAAGGUCUAAGAUUUAAAAAGAGUCCUUGAAACAGUAGAUAAUAGAUGUGUGCGUUCACAACUAAGGAUUUUUAUUUAGUUCAACCCUUACUACCUCUUUGUCUUAUAGUACAUUCCAAAUAUGUCAUUGUAGAACAUUCCUAACUUUCUUUGCGUACAUGAAUUUUGAUGUAUUUGUUUCUCAGUAUACCAGAAAAGGUAUACAAGAGGAAUGAUGUAAAUGAAGUGGGCGAUUUUUAUCUGAUAGAAUAACAUUUGCUAAUUUUUUUACAAAAGCAGAACAUAGUUAGUUGGUUAUUAAGCUCUCUCUCUUUACAUUAGCGAAAUUCCUUACUAGCAGAGAUCUUGUAACAAUCAGUAAAGACAGGGUUGUAAUCCAGGAGCGUACGUCAACCAUAUUUGUCACACUUUUCCAUACAUACACACCUAAAAUAUUUAAAUUUUUGUUAACAAACUGAUAUUGGUAAAUAUGAUCAUUUAAUAAAGAAUAAAGUUUAAGAAAUAGCAUUAGUUCCUCUAUCAUUAUAAAGAAGAGGAAUUAUUGGUCUAGAUCUAAAUGUGACAAUAUUAUCAUUAGAUAAUUUCUUUGGAACUGUGAUUGCUUUAAAUUUCUUCCUCAUAUUCAUUAUAAAUUUCACUAAGAUAAAAAAGAUUCUUUCAAAAUGUUUAUGAAAUGAUCGAGGCUGUCAUUUUAAUUAAGUCUUACUUACGCCUGUCACUUCCAAUGGAGCAUAGGCCACCAACCAGAAUUCUCCAAUCUACUCUGUCCUGGACUUUCGUUUCCAGUUCUAUCCAAUUGCUGUUCAUUUUUCUCAUGUCUGUCUCCAUUUCUCGGCGUUAUGUGUUCUUUGGUCUUCCUCUUCUCCUCCUUUGGCCUUGAGGAUUCCAUGUGAGGGCUUGUCUUGUGACGCAGUUGGGUGCUUUCCUAAAUGUGUGUCCUAUUUACUUCCAACGUUUCUUCCUGAUUUCUUCCUCCACUGGAAUCUGGUUUGUUCUCUCCCACAGUAGGUUGUUGCUGAUAGUGUCUGGCCAACAGAUCCGAAGUGUUUUUCGUAGACAGUUGUUGAUAAAUCAACCAAUAAAUUUGUUUAAAAAGAUCUCAAGUAGAUCACACAAAUUAUCUGUACGUAUCAAAUAAAUUGAAGUCGUUUUAGGAAUUAAUGCAAGAUUGUUGAUUAUUGUUCUUGUCACAAGUUAAUUAUACUUAACAAGAUAUUCUAAAUUUCGCAUUAAUUUUGAAAAUCAUUUCACUUUUCAAUAUUAUUUAUAGAUUUUUAAUAUUUCCCUAAAGUUAAUCACGUCAACACAUAUGAUACUAUUUAGCUUACACAUCUAUUUCAUUUUAUAAUCAAGUUUCAUUUUUUUACACAAUGUUAUUAAACUAUUUGUUAAUCAUCUACUUAUUUAUUAUUCAUAAUUUCAGAGCCCAAGAAUCAAAAGCUGCUAUUGGAUUUGUUUAUGAAGAUAGUACAUGUUUUUCUGAACCUACCGUAAUCAAUACCCAACCUUCUACAUCUCAAGAUAAUAGUGAUACCGAUGAUGAAGCAGAUAGUGAUAUGGAUAUUGAUGUCGAAUUGGAUGCCAGCGCUUUAACAGCAGAGGCUCGUCGUCAAUUAGCCAAAUCAGCUGCUACGUUUGGUUUGCAUCCAUCCGAUUUUUUGCGUCUUUUGGACGCUGACCAACAAUUGGAGGUUGAAUUACGGUUAGCCAAAGCUUUAGAAGAGGAGAAAUUGCAGUUAUCUGGUCGUAAAUCUAGACGUUCUAGACGUUUAUUAAGAGAACGUCGAGCUCAGGAGAAAUUCCCCCGGUUACUGACCACAAAGUGCGUGAGUAACUAACUACCUGUACUUAUGUAGAUAAAUAUCGAAUGUAGAUAUAUUCAUUUUAUUUAUUCUAUGCUAACAGAACUGAUAUUGGUCUGUCGAACAAUGCAUCAUCUUGGCAAAAUUCUGAUAUAUGUGUGUUGUACAUCAAAAAAAUUUAAAUGAUUGGACAGGUUUGGGAAUAAUAAAUGUUUGAUUUUCAUUCUACCUUCAAGGUGUAUAUAGUUGUGCUUUAUACUGAUUAAAUUAAUGUCUCGAAUUUUGAAGGUAACCAAAUAACUUAAAGGUCUAAUUAUGCUUUAUUUUGUUUGAUGAGUGUGUAGUGAUGCACGUUGUGACGCAGUAGUGCAAUGAAACACUGUAUUCAAUGUCCUAUGCUUAGAGAAAAUCAGUGGCAUUUCAACUAUUUCUUAAAAAUAUACUUAAUAUUAUAAGGUACUUGACAGCGUCAAUCCAGUUUCGUCUCUAAAUACAGACAGAUAUCUCGUUGUUUAGAUCCUUGGGAUAAUCAUAAUACAUAGUUGCAGACGUUGAGUGAAACUAUCAAAAAGCGGUCACAACGACUCAAUUGUACCCAUUUUCUCUACCUUCCUUCAAAAAUCUUGAACUUGGAUUCAUUUUUCUGCUUUUUAUUCUUCAUUCUUACUCGUUCUAAUUGAAUUAUGUAUUUAUUGUGUCCACUUUUUCAUUCUUUGCUUUUCAUCUUGUUAUUUUCCUCUUGUGAUAAUGUAUGGUGUGAUAAGACAAGUAGCUCAUAAUCGUUACUUUCUCCACUAACAAUCCGUAUUGCUUGUGAGUUUGAAUGCUGUGCUCGGGCAUCUAAACUGAGACAGGUGGUUUUCAUAAAGAAUCACUCCCCAAAUCUUCAACUUAAAGUUCCUUUCCGUAUGUUAGUGGGAAUACAUUAGUAGGUGCAAUCUCAUGGUAGCCAGUGACCAGUAUAGGUUCAUAUUCCAUUCGUUCCCUUAGGAUCCUAAUGCUGAUAUGCACCAUUGGUUAGGACUCCUUUAAGUAGAUGAACGCUUUUUGUCCACAAAGUGUAAUUCACUUAGACUUAUAUACAUCCAUCUCAAGCUAGGCGUUUAUUUUAAGUGGAUUUUGACAUAUUGAUAUUUUAACUCUUAUUUGGUUCAUCAGUUGUAACAUUGGCUUUAACUAUAUGUGUAUAUAUCAUGAAAUCAUCGUCGAUAUAUAAAAAAACAUGCCUCUAUCGUAUUUGCUUAAUAAAAAGGAAUUCGACUACAAUAUUUUAUUUUAAUCCUGUAUUACUCAACUAGACUCAUGUUUACAUAUACGCGUACAUAUAGAAUAAGCUGUUGUGUAACUGUAUUAAACUUGAUACAUGAGUUAAUCUUUUGAGUUUUAGGCUUAUCUGAAAUUUAUUGGAUAGUACGCUAGUUAUAAGAAAUUAAUCAUUAUUCUUUGAAUAUUAUUCUAUUUCGUAACUUGAUGACUUGACUAAAUUUAUUCUAUGCUAAUCAAGUUCAAUAUAAAGAUUAUAUUCAUUUGGAAAAAAUAGUUUGGGUUGAAAUCGUUAGUAUUUUAUUGUUUCAGUGCGAAUUUGCUGAAGAGAAUUAGCUGAUCAUAACUAGUUUAGACGACCAGACAAAAAUGUCUUUCACAGCAUAUAAUGAUGACUGUUUUUCAAGUUGAAAGAAACAGAUUGUGCUUAUUCAGUGAAUUAGAGCCGGAAAGUUUGUACUGUUUUAAAUACAACUUAAACUGAUAAUCGAUAGCUUCAUGGACUGAUAUUAUAUCUUUAUCUAGUUGCUCCUAGUCUCCUUUCAACACAUUCCGCAUAGCAUGUAAUUACUGACGAGUCAUUGAAUUUUCUGUUAAUAAUAAUAUUCUUUUUUCUACUUUGAUCAUCGCACAUAUGUUCCAAGCUCUAUGUUGAUUAUGACUGAGCAGAACUAGUUUUUUUUUAAUAAAUUUUCAUCUGAAAUAGUCAUUGUAGCCUUAGGUACAGAUAUUUACAACCAAUGUGAUCAUUGUACCAUAGUAUCUUUUUUUAAAUACUUCCUUAGAUUGAUAAUUAUUUUCAAUUUAUUAUAGUUGUUAAUUUUAUUUGUUGUUUUUAUAUUUGGACGUGAAAAAAUAGGAUUGGUCUUUUAAAUGGACAACCGAUAUCCAGAAGAACUGUCUACUUAUCUGCUAGUUCGUCAGAUUCUGGUGAUUAUCCAUCGGAUGUGGAGGAUCAAGAUUUUUCAGGUAUUGUUUACGGAAGUCCUACUUCAAAAGCAGCCACUAUUCGUGCUCAGAGGGCUCGUGCUAAACCAAUUCUUUCAAAUGCUCGUGGACCUGCUAUUCUUAUUGGUGGGAUGACAUCGAUAAGUCUAUGUCGUCGGAACAAUAAACAAUCAGGUCACAGUAUUAGUUCAAAAUACCGUUCAAAAUCUGGUCGUACUUCAAGCAGCAGCGGAGAAAGCGUCCGAGGCCACCGUUCCAGUUCAUCUGAUCGAUCUUACUCCAAUCGAGGAUCACGUAGUGGAUUUCGUCGCCCUAAACACUCCCGUGUAGAAUACAUCACUACAUUUGGUGAUAAUGAAGACAAUAAUGAUGAUAAACGAAAUAUUAGUGGGAGUUCACGAUUUGGUUCAAAUAAACAAACAUUGCUAUCUGAUCGAAAUGGAGGUGGAUCAUCUGGUUCAUUAGAUUCUAAACCGCCUGGAUCAGCUGCAUCUGCUGUCGCAGCUUCUGUUGUUUCAAAGCUACUCAGUUCAACAUCACAAACAUCAGUAGUUAAGAGUAAAAGUAGUUUUGUCAGUGCAUCUGGUUCAAAAUCCACAAGAACUGAAUCUCGCAUACGGUAAAGUUAUUGUUGUCCAUGGAUGAAGUUUAUUAUAGGGUAGUUUUUUAUUUAUUAAUUGUGAUUAUGUUAUUAAUUUGUUGUCAGAACAGUGUAAAUACUCAAGUAUUUACCACUCAAAAAAUGCAAUCCAUAAAUAGAAGUAAUAAUAUUUUAAGGAAAAGAAAAAGGAAUCACCAUUGACCCUUUCUGAGCCAUACCUGAAAACAACCACUAAGUUACUCAAUCUUGAGGACCUCGAAUGGGAAUUCAUGAUGAACUGUGAUAGUUGUCAACGCUAUAUUAGCUAUCAUUUAUACUACAGCACCAUGUCAUAAACUGACUAUCCACCUUCUCCACAAAGUCUCGAAGUCAACAAUAAAUGCGCAACGUAGGAGCCAUUGAGAUGAAAUUCGUAAAGCAUGACUAAGCCAUUGAUGUCUUUGUUUCAAAACAGCGGGAUUAAUUGAAUUAUCAUUACUAUGCCCAAAUACACUAUUGGACCUCAAAGUAUUCAUAAUAAACCUUUUAUCAAACCAGUAAGUGAUUUCAGUCGUUUCAUAAUCGGGUUUACGUUAUGUGAUUCAUAUUAUAUCUUUUUUCCAGGUCCUCUCCUAGUUUUAGUGAACGAAGAAGACCCCUGCAAUCGAGAAGUCGCUACCGCCGUUCCACCUCUCGAUCUAGUAGUCGGCGAUCACGCAGUUCUCGUGGUAGCAGGAGCCGUAGGAGAUAUCAUAGUCGAACGCGGAAUAGUAAUAGUAGCAGAAGUUAUCGUAGUUCUUACCGGAGGUACAAACGUAGUCCAAAUCGAUACCGCUCAAGGCAUAGGUCCUCUUCAUCAAGAAGAUCGUACUCUAGUUCCAGUACUUCAACCGACAAUCGAAAAUCUAACUAUGAUCGGGUUAGUGCAAAUCCGUCUACUAGAUCCUUCAAUCAAAAUCCACCGUAUGAACAAGACGCCGUUAUUCAACCAAACGUUCAAAAACAACCUUCACCUUUAGUACGCAAGCGAUAUUAUCGUCCUGAGUUAGAAUCUGCCGAUGAAUUGGAAUUAUCAGACGAGGAACAAAAUGAUACUAAAAAAGAAUCAUCAAAGUCUUCAGAUGGGAAUUCUGGAAAACAAUUAACCUCAAGGAGGUCGGAUUCAAAUUCAUAUGGAAAUUUCGCGGGUAAGAUGACGUCUCAACAAUUGGUCACGGGUGGUCCUAGUCCAAGCCAUGAUUUAAAAACUCCUGGGGUUGUUGGCUCGACAGUCCGUUCUCUUAUGCCACAAGAAUUAUUGAAACGUCGUGUUCAGUCUCAGCUUACUAAAGCCUUCAAUGCUGACAAAAAAGCCGAGUUAGAAAAACAAAUCCAAUUGGAACGAGAACGUCAGGCUCGAGAAGAAGGACUUCGUCGACAAGCUCGCCUUCUCAGACGUCAAGAAGAAAAACGCUUACGUGCUGAACGACGCGCUAUGGCCAUAGAGUUGGGAUCAGUUCCUGGGAAUUCUUCCGACUCAUCAUCUCAUUCCUCUAGCUCGUCGGGUAGUAGUUAUCACAACAGUAGCCGUGCUAGAUCUAGACGAUUUCAAGCUUCACCAGUUCGUCGACAAUCAUCAAUGUAUUCUUCUGGUAGUCGAAAAUAUUCUCCUCCUCCUCUUCAUUCAUCAUACAGCCGACCUCGAAUAGAGUCGGAACGAGGACUUUUAGGCAGUCCAAGUCGUGUUGUAGAUGCUAGACUACCAUCUCCGCCAUCUAAUACAAAUCUAUGUAAUUUUCCCAGAGACACGCGUGUUCCCAUUAAUCGAAUUCCCCGAUCUAGUAAUUCAUUACUCGGUAGUCCUAUUCAAAAUUCUUAUUCUACUUCAAGAGAUCGUGGAAGUGUUUCCUCAUCGUCAUCUCGAUUUAUUGGGUCCAGGGAAGAACAGCGAAGUUACAGUUCCAUGCGGCCUCACACCUCAUUGCGUGGUGAAUUAGCGAAAAGAUCUGACCAAUAAUAUCAAUCAUUGCACUUCCCCAUAUAUUUUCAAAACUACUGAAUAUGUUUAAAUUUCAAUAAUUGUUGCCUCACGAAUUGAAUUGGAAACCGUCAAAUCAAUCAGUUAUUCUCCAUAAUAAUAAUAAUAAUAAUAAUAAUUCAGAUAGAUAUUAUGAUCUUUUGUAUACACUUGUUCUUUUGUAAUAAAAAAAACGAAACAUUUGUAUAAUCUAACCAUGAUUUCGAAAUUGUUAUCAUCAUUACAUUUCUUGCAUCACUGUAUAAAAUAGUCCUGUUGUGGAUGCGGAGGAAUAUAUAUAUAUAUACAUAUAUAUAAUCAACACUGUUUAUUAUAUGUUGUUAUAUUAUUACAAGAAGAAUAUAAAAACUAUAUAAGCGUAUAAACAAACCAUUUAUGAUAUGUUAUGUAUAUUCAUUUUGAAAGAAAUACAGAAACUUUCUUACUUGUUCAAC